AUGAAGACCAUCGGCAUCUGCAUUCCUACCAUUGAGGGUGGCGGGAUCAAGAAUGCCGUCAAAACGGACGACUUUGAUGCCCUCUCCAUAGUGCUGAGUGACUCGGUGAACAGUACGGCCAAAGCCGGAGCUCAAUUUGCUAUCAUUCCUUCAAAUACUCCGCAUAUUGUGUUUCCCGAGAUCCUGGCCAAGUCAACGAUCCCGGUUCUCAGCAUUCUGGAAGUCACGGCCGACCACUGCGUGAAGCAGGGCUAUAAGCGAGUGGGCAUUCUCGGGACUUCUCCAACUGUCCGAAGACGUCUCUAUGAUGAGCCACUUGCCAAACAAGGUAUAAUUACGGUCUAUAUUCCUGAUGUAGAGCAGGACUAUGUCCAUGACGUUAUUCAGAACGAGUUGAUCAAGGGCAUCUUUACCGAGCAAACACGCGACGGCCUCAUCUUGGUCGCAAAGCAGCUAGCACCACGCUGCGAUGCCAUUGUUCUGGGCGAGCUUCCGCUCAUUUUGAGCGAGGAAGACUGCGAGAUAAAGGUCGUGGACACUACAAGAAUCUUGUCACACGCAGCACUGGACUUUGCAUUCAAUGAAUAA